GUUUAACUAAUAAUGGGUUGCAUUGCUAGUAGGCAAACCAAAAACGAGAGAGUCCACAAGAAAAAUAUUGAACGAGAGAUUCAGAGAAGUCAAGAUGAUAUGACAAUUCAAGAACUCCGAGUUUGCCUCAAAGAUUGCUCUCAACUCGGCAUUGUAGUUGAAGACAAGGAUUACAAUGAUGAAUUUUAUCUAGAUUUUAGAAGCAAACUUACUAAAAUUCUUAUUCUUGCACUUAGAAGACAGCGAGAAAAUACUAGCCACGGACGGAUUCCAAAUAUGAGAAUAGUGAGGAUCAUCAAGAUGCUUGAGCCAAAGGAUAGCAGGGUUAAAUACUUCUUGAUCAACCACAUGCCAAGAAACGUUGACAAGUUCUACUUCGACCAAGAGCCUAAAUUUAAAGACAAAGAGAUUGGAUACUACCAAUUUGAGCUAUUCAAGUGCUUACCCAGGAUCUCUAAGGUGUUCAAACUCUGUGGGUUUAAGCUAAAAUAAAAACGAAUUUGAACUCGUCAUCAAACGCUCAUGUUCCAUUCGUAAAGUCUGGUUCUCAGAAUGAAUCCUUGCAACUGACAAUAUCUCCUUUGACCAAAUAGUGUCCUUUAAGGGCAAGACUGAGGAAGAGAAGGAAGCUGAUAGGCAGCUUAAGGUCAAAUUUAAGCGCCCGAUCGACAGAAAUAAGAACUUUCUGGAUGUCGCCAGAGACCAGGAAGAAAUUGAUUACAGGAUUGAAAAACUGAUAUUCGAAAAAUGUAGAAAUCAUGAGGAAUUAGACUGGGAAGAAAGCAGAAAUGAGGUCAAGAAUAUCCUCAAAGCCCUUGACAAAUGCAAACUAUGUGACUCUUUGAAAUUACUGCAGAUCAAAGAUUGAGGGAUUAGCCAGAAAAGAGUUGAUUUCCUCAUCACCGAUACCGACUUAGAGAUACGGGAAGUGAAAGUUUCUGAUGGGGAUGAGGAAGUCCAGAUCGAAAGGAUCGGUACUCAAAAGAAUCCCAAUUUCGCAAAAGAAACUAGUGUAGGCAACACUGUAAGCAAUACAGGACCAAUACUAGGAACUGUUCUAGAGAAAAGAGAGAACAAAGAACUUUCUGAUGAACUCAAGGGUCUUUCUCAAUCCUCUCAAGAAGGAGAAGGUGAAAGUGAAGCGAGCUAUGUAAGUGAGAAUGAAGAAGAUGAUGAAGAUGAAAAAGAAAAAGAUUUACACAAAUCUGAUGCACAAAAUAAUACAACUGAGUCUGAAAAAGACGAUGACUCUAAAAUCAAUGAAGAUAAUGCUAGUGAAGAUGAAGCUAGUGAAGAAGUAGAUAGUGAAGAAGUAGAUAGCGAAGAUGAAAACAAAAGCAAAUCAGAGUCUUCUGUAGAACUCCAGAAUGCUUCUUCUAAAUCCAAGGAUGAAGAAGAAUCUGAAGAUGGAUCUAGCCAUUCUGCAUAAAAUAAGCAAGGGGAUCAUCAGCUUGCUUGUAAAAGGUUUAAAUAUCUCCUUUA